AUUGGUUUUUGGUGAAUUGUCGGCGACUUGAAUUUGCCGCUGAACUUGCGUACUAAUAAAAUCAAUGCGACUGAAUUGUGGCGAGUGCAGUGAAUGGUGUCAGUCAGAACAAUUCCUUAAAUUAGAGGUAUUCUCCUAUUUUGCAAAGGAACAAAAGAUUGGCAAAAAAAUAAUGUACAAAAAUGCCAGGUCAAGAGGAUAUUGAUCUUUACACGGACAAAGUCCUGUCGAAAACCAGGAUAUUACUAGAAUUGACAAAAGCAAUUAAAUUGGUUUAUGCUCAAAGCCUUCAUGGCUCGGUUGUAUUGGAUGGAGAUUCUUGGUUAGUUUAUUGGUUAGAUCGAGCCUUAAGACAUGGUUUACGUAUAGAAAGGCAUGGAUAUUGGGGCACGGCACGAGAGCUUAGCCACCAAGAUGUCGUUGUUGUAAUUCACGCAUUAGGAAAUGUAUUAACAUCCAUUGGAAAAGGUCGAGCUUGGCUGUAUCAUACUUUGAGUGAAGGAAGUUUUGAAAGUUAUUUAGCUUGUCUUCUACGAGAUACACAUACUUUAAAAAAACAGUAUUUUCCUCAUGCGCUUGUUAGGAAUCCUGACAAAACCAAUCAGCUCAUUAAUUUAUUAGUUGGUCUAGAAAAUCUUUCUUUUACAUUGCAAUUGGAUGUUACAUAUUUGGAUAUUGUUAAUUAUAUGCCUCAACGUCCUAUGAGUGGAUCACCAUCUGGUACAGCUUUGACAUUGCAUCUGAGAUCAUCGAGUUUUUCACCGAGUUUAGUUUCACCCGGUGACAGUGGUGUUGCACUCGAUAGCGAUAUGGAUCUUUCAAAUGAAACCGAUGGCAGUAGUUGUCGAGAGGAUUCGUCAAUUGAAGAUAUUCCAAGAUAUCGCAACAGCAAAUACAAGACAAUUUUGAGUAAUUGUACAAAAGAUAUGAAAAAUAUGGAUCGUUCAUUUUCAUCGAGUGAUUCGAGUGAAGAUGGAAAAACGACAAAAUUUCAAAAAACUUUGGUAACAACAAGUGAUAUUGUUAAUCAAAAUUUCCCACAAAAACUCGAUGACAAUGAAAUAAUUGGCUCGAGUUUGGAUACAUUGAAAGAUUAUUCGUACUAUAGUAAAAGUCUCGAGGAGUCAAAGGUUAAUAAUGAUUUUGACAAUAUUGGCAGUAACAGAUACAGCUACUAUGGCGAUAAUGCUUCAUACAGUUUCAAAAAAAAUAUCGAUCCACGCAAUUCGUAUGUCAUUAAUAAUGAUACAAAUUUAUUGGAACUUAGCAUGACAAUCUCGGACUGUGAUAGUACCGAAGCACCGUACAGUAUUUUAAAUACUAUCAAUAUGGUUGAUACCAGCAUUCUAUCGACAUCGAGUUCAGAAACAGUUGUACAACGUCGACAACGUAAAAAGAAACGUGGCGAGGGUAAAAAACGUGUUAGCUUUCACGAGGAUAUUUUUAAAAUGAUGAAACUCGAUGACGAUGAGAAUUAUGAGGAUUUCUCAAUGAAUUAUCGUUCACCUUAUCAAAAUCAAAAGAAAAAGGAUGUUCAACAAGAACGUUAUAGUUGGUGCGCCAAUGGUGAUUCACCAUACAUUAAAGAGACAAUAGACACAAGAAAUGCAUAUUCGGAAUAUUAUUCAUCAAGUUCAUCGUUAAGUACCCACGAUAGUGAAAAUGAAAGACGAUUAACGACAAAACUUUGCAAUCAUCCUGUUUGUCAAAAAAAUUAUCGUUGCACAUGUCUCUCAAUAUCAGAACGCGGUGUACCCGAGGGUCAAGAGGAUCCACAAAUUAAUGCUCGACCAAAAAUGGAAAUUGAUCUCAAGGAUAAUGAAGCACAGGAAGCCUAUAUUGUUGAAAAAGAAUAUGGAAAUAUUAUUGAAGAUCCACCAGUUAAAUUAGAAAUGCCAAAUAAAUUACCAAAUACAAAAUCAGAUUGGUCAGAUGUUGAUUCAGUUACAACAUGUGAUUCAGAUGAUAGAAAAAAUCGUCAUUUAGCAUCACCACAAAAAAAACGCAAUAUGACGGCAAUUUUAUCAGGUGAAAAUAGUAAAUUACUUAUUCCACCUUUACGUCAAGUACCAUCAAAAACAUCACUAUUGAAUCGAUUUCUUCGUUCAAUUACCGAGAGAAAAUUUGAUGUGAAAAAAAAUAAAAAACCAAAAUCAAAUCAACUUUACAUUAAAUGCGCAAAAGUUGAUCAAGAUUCAUUUAAAGAAUUUAAUCGUGAACUCGAAAAGGAAAUACAAGAUAAUCAAGAUCCCGAUAAACGACGAUUUAGCGGUGAAAAAAUAAGUUUUCAACAAAAAGAAAUUUUUAAACACAGUAUUUAUAGAGAUAAAACAGAACAAUUGUACAAGGUUUAUAAAGUUCGUAGUUCCUACAUGACAAAUGGCGAAAGUAAACCAAUGCUCGCACUUUUAACUGAUAAAACUCUCUAUUUAACAAGUUCAAAAUCUGAUCACACCUAUCGAAAUCAGUUUGUUAUUCCUUAUAAUGAACUCGAUGUUAUUAUGCUUGGACCGAAUGCACAAACAAUAUUAAUAUCAAACGCUGACAAUGAAAUGCAAUAUUUAUUUUCAACUGGAAGUGCUGAAACCACUUGGGAACUUAUUGCUCAUUUAGAAAUGGCUAUGAGAAGAUCACCAUCAAAGCCAAGAUUACCAGCAGUCAGAGAAUUAAGUUACGAUGAUAUGCAUUCAUUGAGACAUUCUAUUUUAGCCGAAACGGCAGUAAAUCUAGAGGAAAAAAUUGAGCACUACAAUAUUAUUUACAUGGAGGAUGAGCAUAUAUCACCGCCAAGUACACCUUGCGGUCCAACAAAAGAGGGAGAUUUAAUGUUUCGCCCACACACUUAUCAAUCACAAUAUCCAAAUGCACCAACAAAUGCAUGGGAGGCGGGAUAUUUUGUUUUAAAAGGCGGUGUUGUUUAUAUGUUCACUGAUUCUAGUCAAAGACUUCCAAAACGUGCGAUUCCAUUGAAAGGUGGCCUUUGUCAAGGAUGCCGACGAAUACCAAAUUCACAUCGACCACAUACAUUUGAAAUUCUUCUCAAGUCAAAUAAAUCAUUUCAAUUUGCUGCACCCGAUGAAUAUGUUGCUUCAGAAUGGUUACAAAGUUUUAUUCAAAGUGCAUCGGGAUUAUUUGAUUCAUGCGAAAAACGUGAACCAUUGCCAUGUAGUUUGGUUGUAUCGUCGAGGCAUUUAAUUGCAAUAAAUGAAGUUUUUCCAGGAACGCAACGAGGACAAAUUUUAUCUUGUGCAUCGAUACAGGAUUUAACUGCUCUUCGAAUGCCUUUAACGAAUCAGUCGUGGUGCGUUUUGGAAUUUGCGUGUCGUGAAGUUCACGAAAGUAACGGAGAUUGGGUAGUUUACUUCACUAACUACGCAGAAUUCUGUACUUUUAGAAAAAUCUUAGAAACCCUCUGGAACAACGUUCAUGAGGAGGAUUUUCCAGUGAUAACAAUUCAGCCUGAAGAUAAACUUAAUCAGCGAUGUACGGAAGUUAGUAAAGACUUAGAAAAUGCCUGGCAAUAUUUGUUACCUAUAGCACCUGAAUAGUGGUUAGUAAAUGGUACAUUAAAACAGCAUAAUCAGUCCUUUAUUCCUAUUGUCGAUAGUUGCAAAGGUAUUCUUGAAAAAUCUAAAUCAUUUAUUGCAAUGAAAAAGCAAAUGCUAUCUUAUCAGCUUUUCAAGAUCGUCUAGCAAUGUUCUUAAAGUUCACAAAAUUCACAUGAUUCGAAUUUAUUUUCCACGAAUAUAUUUUCAGUAAACAAUAAAUGGAAAAUUUCUAUAAAGGAACAUAAUAAUUGAUAAAAAUUAAUUUAAUUUUUAAAUAACACUAUAUUAUAAAAAAUUUAUUUUUAAUAUUUUUAAAAACAAUGUGAAAAUUUUGAACUUUAUGAAUCAUUGUUAAGUACCAAAUAUUAUAACGUUUGGAUCAGUUAUUUUCAUUGACAAGAAAAUAAUAAACUAGUAGAAUAAAAAAAAAGAAAACCGAUAAAUACUCAAUGCAACUCUGCUAGAGAUUAAAAUGAUAAUUUUUUUCGACUGAAAUAACACUUAAGCAAGUGCAAUAAUUUUUUGAAAUAUUUGCUAAUAAGUACACAACACUGUUAUUACCACUCACAAUUAUAGAAACAACUAAUAUAUAUAUAUUAUAUAUAUCUAUAAUUGAAACUAAUGUGAAACUAAUUAUGUGAGUGUCUGUAUAUUCGCAUUUACCAAAGAUUAUAUAUAUAUAUUAGUGAAAAAUAUAAAAUGCGACCUAAUUUUUAAAUUCAUUAUAAAACCGCCUUUAUUAUCAAAUUAAAAUCAAGAAAAAAUAGUACUUUCAAAGUAUUUAAAAAAUUUAGUUUCUUUAGCUAAUUUUUAUUAGUCAUUGUUUAUUGUAAAAAAAAGAUAAAUAUUUGUUUGACUUGUGGUGCUUUGCUUAAGAUUCGCAUAAUAAUUAAUUAUUAAAUGUUGUAAUUAUUAUUAAGUAUACACAUAAGAAUCAAUUAGCUUUAUUUCAAUUCUUUAUUAAUGAAAAAUUUCAUCAUAAAUUACUUUUGUAUAAAAUACUUUAUAUAAUAUAUAAAUAUAUUUUCUCGCAUUUUAGAUGCAUAUUUUUUUUCUAGUAAUUUCGAAAGAGUAGAGAAAUUUGUAUUAUUUGUAAAAAAAAAAAAAAUUUAAUUUCCUUUAUUAUAUUUGUUGCUUAUGCCACGUAAUUGUGACGAUAAAAUGAAUUGUGAUAGAAUUAAUAGUAAAUAAUUUAAUUAUGAACUGAUUUUUAUGAAUAAUACAUUCCAAAAAAUGAAGUUUUGUGCAAAUAUUGUUUUAGCGAUUCGAACAAGGUAUAAAUUUUAUACUGCUGAAAAGAAAUACUUGCUAAUAUUAUGCCUUUGUACUUAUCGCGUACAGUCUACAAAAAUUGUAGCUCUUCAUCCCCCAAACAAAAUGUAAUACUUAUACGGAAAUUAAUAAAAAUUACUUCAAUGAA